AUGUUUGGGAAGAAUAGGAAUAAAGGUUUUACGACAGCAAGAUAUGUCCAUUCCAAUUCAAAUAAUUCAAUAUCAAAUAAUUAUGCCUUAACCGCGCAACAAUUAAUGCAAGCAUCAAGAGUCGAUGAUAUAGACACUAUGAUGGGGUUCGAAAGGUACACAGCACCUCAAUUCAACGGAAAAAUUGAUCCAGAACAUUUAGAUUCUGUUCCUGGGAGAGUUGGUUGGUUACUUAAUAUGCAUCCCACAAUUAUUUCACAGGAAAUCAUGACAGGUACCACUAAUGGAAAGUCGGAUGGGAACUUAAGUGGUGGGAUUGCUGGUGUGGAUUAUUACUUUUUAGAUGAAGAAGGUGGAAGUUUCAAAUCUACGAUUACUUAUGAUCCUUAUUUUUUUAUAUCUUGCAUUGAUGAUUCUAUGAUUAAUGAUGUGGAAGAAUUUAUAAAGAAAUACCUGGAGAAUUGUCUGAAAUCUUGCUCUAUUAUAAUGAAGGAUGAUCUAAAGAUGGAUAAUCAUUUAUUAGGGUUGAAGAAGACUUUGAUCAAAUUAGAAUUCGUCAAUUCUAAUCAAUUAUUCGAGGCAAGAAAAUUACUGAAACCUAUAUUGACGGACAAUGAAAAUAACAAGAUACAAAGAAACGUUUACGACAAGAAUAGAACAAAUAAUAAUAAUAACAAUAAUGAAUCGACGCCGUCUGUUGCAGACGCUAAACAAUUUAUAGAAGACAUUAGAGAAUAUGAUGUACCUUACCAUGUUAGAGUAUCGAUUGAUAAAGAUAUUCGUAUAGGUAAAUGGUAUAAAGUAACGGCAGGUGGAUUUUUUGAAUAUGUGGAAAAAGUUGCAUUUGCAGAUCCAGUGGUGUUGGCAUUCGAUAUAGAAACUACAAAGGCUCCAUUAAAAUUUCCUGACUCUGCUGUAGAUCAGGUUAUGAUGAUUUCCUAUAUGAUCGAUGGAGAAGGUUUCUUGAUUACUAACAGAGAAAUUAUAUCGGAGGAUAUCGAGGAUUUCGAAUAUACACCAAGACCUGAAUAUGAAGGACAAUUUACAAUUUUCAAUGAAGUAGAUGAAAAGGCUCUUCUGGAAAGAUUUUUUGAACAUAUUCGAGAAGUACGACCUACUGUCAUUUCUACUUUUAACGGUGACUUCUUCGAUUGGCCUUUUGUUGAAACAAGAGCCAAGAUACAUGGAUUAGAUAUGUUUGACGAAAUUGGGUUUGCUCCCGAUGCAGAAGGUGAAUAUAAAUCUUCAUAUUGUUGUCAUAUGGAUUGUUAUCGUUGGGUGAAGCGUGAUUCUUACUUACCACAAGGUUCACAAGGUUUGAAGGCAGUGACGCAGGCUAAGUUAGGAUACAAUCCCAUCGAAUUAGACCCAGAGCUAAUGACGCCAUAUGCUUACGAAAAACCUCAACAUUUAUCAGAAUAUUCUGUCUCAGAUGCUGUGGCAACCUAUUAUCUUUACAUGAAAUAUGUCCAUCCAUUCAUCUUCUCCCUCUGUACGAUUAUUCCGUUAAACCCAGAUGAAACUUUGAGAAAAGGUACUGGUACUUUAUGUGAAAUGCUAUUGAUGGUUCAAGCCUACAAAGGUAGAAUUUUGCUACCUAAUAAACACACUGAUCCAAUUGAAAGAUUUUACGAUGGCCAUUUGUUAGAAUCCGAAACAUACGUUGGUGGUCAUGUGGAAUCUUUGGAAGCUGGUGUAUUUAGAAGCGAUAUCAACAGCAAAUUUAAGGUGGAUCCAACAGUUAUUGAUGAAUUGUUAGAGGACCUACCUUAUGCCUUGAAGUUUUGUAUUGAAACCGAAAAUAAAGCAAAUUUUGAUGAUGUGACGAAUUUUGAUGAUAUAAAGGACCAGAUCACAGAAAAGCUAUUAGAUCUGAAAAAUAAUCCAAAAAGAGACGAGAAGCCAUUGAUAUACCAUGUCGAUGUGGCGUCAAUGUAUCCGAAUAUUAUGACAACUAAUAGAUUGCAACCAGAUAGUAUUAAGACGGAGCGUGAUUGUGCCAGUUGCGAUUUUAACAGACCGGGGAAGACGUGUGCCAGAAAGUUAAAAUGGGCAUGGAGAGGUGAGUUUUAUCCAGCAAAGAUGGACGAAUAUAAUAUGAUUAAAAGAGCAUUACAAAAUGAGACCUUCCCAAAUAAAAAUAAAUUUUCCAAAAAGGAAUUCCUAACAUUUGAUGAAUUAAGCUAUACUGACCAAGUUGCUCACAUCAAGAAACGGUUAACUGAAUAUUCAAGAAAAGUAUACCAUAGGGUAAAAGUAUCAGAAAUUGUAGAAAGAGAGGCAAUUGUUUGCCAACGAGAAAAUCCCUUUUAUGUGGACACUGUUCGUGGAUUUCGUGACAGAAGAUACGAAUUCAAAGGUUUAGCCAAGACAUGGAAGGCGAAAAUGAAGAACAUCGAUCCAUCGGACAAGCAUGCAAAGGAUGAAGCCAAUAAAAUGGUAGUUCUAUAUGACUCACUACAAUUGGCCCAUAAGGUUAUUCUGAAUUCUUUCUACGGUUAUGUUAUGAGAAAAGGGUCACGUUGGUACUCUAUGGAAAUGGCCGGGAUAACGUGUCUUACUGGGGCUACAAUUAUUCAAAUGGCAAGAUCAGUUGUUGAGAGGGUUGGUAGACCACUUGAGUUAGAUACAGAUGGUAUUUGGUGUAUUAUACCAAGUUCGUUUCCAGAUACAUAUUUUUUCGAACUAUCUAAUGGGAAGAAAUUGUUUCUAUCAUACCCCUGUUCAAUGUUAAACUACAGAGUUCACCAACAAUUUACAAAUCAUCAAUACCAGACCCUUGUAGAUCCUGUGAAACACAGAUAUGAAACACACAGUGAGAAUUCUAUUUUCUUUGAAGUUGAUGGUCCUUAUAGGGCCAUGGUUUUACCGACAUCAAAAGAAGAAGGAAAAGGUAUUAAGAAAAGAUAUGCGGUGUUCAAUAAUGAUGGAACUUUGGCAGAACUAAAAGGUUUUGAACUAAAAAGACGUGGUGAAUUACAAUUAAUCAAAAAUUUUCAAAGUGAUAUUUUCAAAGUAUUCCUUGAAGGUACUAGUCUAGAUGAAUGUUACGGUUCUGUUGCAAAUGUAGCCAAUAGAUGGUUGGAUGUAUUAGAUACAAAAGGUUCAAUGCUAGAAGAUGAAGAUUUAAUCGCAUUGAUUUGUGAAAAUAGAAGCAUGUCAAAAACCCUUAAAGAAUACGAAGGUCAAAAAUCAACAUCCAUUACUACUGCAAAAAGAUUAGGUGACUUUUUAGGUGAAGAUAUGGUUAAAGACAAGGGUUUACAAUGUAAAUACAUUAUUAGUACCAAACCUUACAAUGCCCCUGUCACGGAACGUGCCAUCCCUGUCGCAAUAUUUUCUACCGACAUCAGCAUUAAACGUCUGUUCUUGAGGCGUUGGACAUUAGACCCUACGUUAGAGGAUUUUGAUAUCAGAACAAUUAUUGAUUGGAAUUAUUAUAGAGAAAGAUUAGCAUCUACCAUUCAAAAAAUUAUCACGAUACCGGCAGCUUUACAAGAUGUAGCAAACCCAGUUCCUAGAGUGGAACACCCUGAUUGGUUAAAGAAGAAAAUUGCCAUCAGAGAUGAUAAAUUCAAACAAACAUCAUUAAAUCGUUUCUUCUCCAAGGCGGAAGCCGCCCCAAAAUUUGGCCAUAUCAAAGAUAUUGAAGAUCUUUUCACAAAUCAAGAAGAUAAUGAAGGUGAAAACCUUAAAAUUGCAAGGACUACCUCAAGACAGACUAAAGGUAAAGGAAAAGGUAAAAGAAGAAGGGAUCAAAAAGCUGCCGAGGAACAUUCAUUAGUGCUACCUACGGAGAAACCGUCAAUGGAGGAUGAUUAUGCUGCAUGGUUAAACUAUGAAAAGAUAAAAUGGAAAAUCCAAGCCAGGGACAGAAAACGUAGAACACAGUUAUUCGGUAAUAAUUCCACAUCCACAGAAAGAAGUGCGUUUGGAAAUAUGAUUAGGAAACAAGCUGAGACAUAUGCUAAUUCAACAUGGGAAAUAAUACAAUAUAAGGACUCAGGCCAACCUGGUAUUCUAGAGGUGUAUGCAUCAAUAGAUGGAAGAAUACAAACAAUCAACAUUAAAGUCCCUAAGGUUAUAUAUAUGAAAUUUAAAACAGACACGUUACCUGUUGGAAAAAUAAAGCACUGCAAAAUAGAGAAAUCUAAUUCAGUCUUGCCAAAUAUUGCUAAAUUGAAUGAUGCAAAUACAAAUAAUCUCUUCAAAUUGACUCUUCCUGAAUCAACUUAUCUUGAAGAAAUGGAAGAUAUUGGAAGUAUUUUCAAUGAUGUAAAUGUUUUAGGUAUAUUUGAAGGUAAUAUUCCUGCGCAACAAAGAGCAAUAAUGGAAUUAGGUUCAUCAAUUGGUUUCAAGACGAAUGCUGUAGGUUCUUUAGGAAAAGGUAUUCAGAAUGGGUUUGAUAUGAAAAAUUUACGUGCAGCAGAUAAUGAAAGAUAUCUACAUCGUUUCCAUCUACCUGUAGGAUAUAUGCUACAUUCUACGACAAGUAUUAAUUAUGAAUUUUUCACAAUUUUUAAAUCUUGGGAAAACACUAUCUCAAUUUUGGUUUUAAAACCUUCCACGCAAGCUCAGGAGAUUAAUCAAGUAAUGAUGGAUCAAGUGUAUUCUGAGCUGUAUAAAUCAAGGGGUGAUAAGAUUAGAAAAUUUACUCACUUAGCCGACGUCAAAGAAGAUGCAAGUUUCGAGUUCAGCUAUUUUGAUGAUAUUGCAAAGUUAUAUAGAAGACUAUCCCAAGACAUCUCUAAGAUAAAGGAGGAAAAAGGACAACAGUUUUUGUUUCUUUUACAAUCACCAUAUCCCAAGAAGAUCAUGAAAUCAGUGAAGUAUUUAAAUCAAAUCCCUGUUGUAGAAUUAGCUUCAAAUGAAUUGGCCCUGCCACAAUUAAACUGGCAAGGGGUUCUGAUUAAGAAGAUUGUCAAUCAUCUCCUCUCUUGUGGUUCAUGGGUUUCUCAUCUUAUUACACUGUCGCAAUAUAGCAAUAUCCCAAUUGGUAAUUUAAAUUUGGAUAAUAUGAGUUAUGUUAUUGAUAUGAUAUACGUGAGAAGGUUGAAGAAUGAAGGCAUUGUACUUUGGUGGAAUGAGAAUAUACCGCUUCCCGACCAUGGUGGUGUUCAAAAUGAUUUUGACCUGAAUACUUCAGAUAUGAUGAAUGAUUUAUCGUUUCCAGAGUUGAACCAACCAAAUAUUUAUGAUAAUGCUGUUCUCGAAAUUGAAAUUGGUAAUUUAACUGUGAAUACUGUGCUAGGGUCAACUUUGAUAAAUGAAGCCGAAGGUAGUGACCUUGCAAAUAAUGGUUCUUCAGGGUUCGAUGAUAACAAAAAUAGUAAUGCAUUUGUCGAAGACGCCUUCUCAGGAGCUGCAUUAUCAGUAUUGAGAAAUAUGUUGAAGGAAUGGUGGGACCAGGCCUUAAAGGAGAAUUCUACAGCAGAUUUAUUAGUCAAUUCAUUUGUGAAUUGGUCACAGAAUCCAACCUCCAAAUUAUUCGAUGGUUCCUUAAGAUAUCAUAUUCAAAAUUUGACUAAAAAAUCAUUACUUCAAUUGAUGAAUGAAUUUAAUACUCUAGGUUCAAACGUGAUCUACGCUGAUAGAAAUAAGUUACUGGUCAAAACCACUAAAUUUUCACCUGAAAAUUGUUAUGCAUACAGUAACUAUAUGAUAAAGGCCAUUAGAACGACGCCAAUGUUCAGCUAUCUUGAUUUGAAUAUUGUUCGUUAUUGGGAUAUUUUAAUAUGGAUGAAUAAAUAUAACUUUAGUGGUAUUGCCUGCUUGGAGAUUGAAGAAAAGGAUAAACAGGAUUUACAUGCAUAUUCUCAUUGGCAGAUUAAGAAAUUUUUACCGCCCAUCUUCCAACCUGAAUUUGAUGAUUGGAUGAUGAUUAUCUUAGAUAGUAUGGUAAAGACUAAAGAACAUUAUUUGGAAGUUAACACGGGUACCCAAAGAGCAACUCAACUGUUACCAAUCAAGGCGCGUGACCAGAAAGAUGAUGAUGAAUCCUCUCUUUCCACAUUCACGGAACAUUUUGCUCGACCAUUACUUAAGAGAGUCAAAAAGUUAUUUAAGAAUCAACAAGAAUUUAUCUUAGAUCCGCACUAUGCAGCAGAUUACGAAUUCCCAAUUUUACCUGGUUCAUAUCUAAUGAUGAAAAAUCCUCUGUUAGAAUUAGUGAAAUCACUUUGUCAUGUCAUGUUACUAUCGAAAAAGACUACAAUUGAAGUGAGAGAAUUGAGAAAAGAGUUAUUAACAAUCUUUGAUAUUAAAGAAUUUGCGAAAAUAUCUGAAUUCAAGGAUCCAAGUAGCAGCCUAGAUAUUACUGGGUUCUUAUGUGAAUAUUGUUCUCAUUUCUCAGAUCUUGACUUUUGUAAAUCAGAUCCAGCUACUAUAUUUAACUGUGAAAAAUGUCAUAAGGAAUUCAACAAAUUAUUGCUACAGGAGCACUUGGUUCAAAAGUUAUAUGGCGAGAUUGAAUCAUAUUUGACGCAAGAUCUAUGUUGUUCCAAAUGCAAUAAAAUUAAACAAGAUUAUAUGAGUACCCAUUGUCAAUGCUCUGGUUCUUGGAAGGGAAGUAUAUCUCAGGAUUCGGUCACUAAAAUGAUAGAAGUUUACAAACAAGUUGCUGGAUACUAUGAAUUCGAGGUGCUGACUAAUGCCUUAGAAGAACUAUUUUAA